GACGGGGCCUGGAACGGUGGAUACUGGAGAAAAGGGCACAUAAAUUGAUGGUGAACGGUUUCAAGAAAUUGCCUUUCAGAUUUCUCUAAGAUCCACAAGCCCAGGACUUUGAUCAGUUCUACCCAUCUCUACUGUGAUCAGUUCUACCCAUCUCUACUGUUAACGAUCCCCACUUUAUACCUGAGUUCAAAUGGCCCCAAUCUUCUGCUGCUUGGACAUUCAGCCUUACCGCCCGAGCCAUCUCCUCCAUGAAACGAAAUUUAAGAGUUUUAUGGCAUGGGCAACUCUUGCAGCUGAUGUCACUCUGGGGGACAGCAAAUUUGAUCUUCUGGAUCUCAAACCGCCGUUCGCAGUCCAACUCGUCCGCCAAGUCAACUACGGCGCCCUGGAGAGCAAGCGAUACUUUGUUCCCGUGAAUGAACGGGAUGAUGAGUUCAUCGAGAUCGCUGAGAGCGACUUGAUCGAGGCAAACUUUCAGAAACUAAACUCGUACAAGAACUUCAAGUGUGACGAGCACAACAAGUUCUUCGAGGUCAAUAUAUACCAGAAAGACCCCAUUAAUAAACAUCACUGGCGUACCAACCUGGCUCGUCCAGCAAGUUCCAUCGACCUCUGAAUGGACACAUGCCCUGAUAGGUAGCCAAUUGGGUGCGAAAGGGGACAUCUGUGUGAAAAUGGCUUGGGGGAGGCGAUCGGGUGGGCGAUGUUGAAGCCUCCCACGCUUGUAGAAGCAAAGCCCAAGUAAUUUGGUCCCUGUUUUGAGUUGUAGUCUUCC